UGAACCACGCUUCGCCAUCGCCAUUCCCCCGACAAGAGUGUGACUGCUAUAACCAGUGUUAUCAGACAGUGGUUCCCAUGUGUUCCGAAUUUUGAGGUGACCUUAGCUGGCGUGCAUAAGCUGUCUGGUUUGAUACCAGUGUGACAUAGUGCAGUAAAACGCCUAUGCUUGAUAGAGCUACACCAAGGUUUACACAAACUGUUCUGCUAUAUAAGCUUUGCACGCUAGCGAUUUUAGUGUCAGAUAGCUAGCUAGUUCAUUUUACUAGAUUCGGUAUGGCAGAAGCACAACAAGCUCGGGUUCAAAAUGCAGUAGAGGAGAUGGUUCAGGGUUUGGAACGGGAACACAUUCGCAAAAUGCAAUUAACCUACUUAGCGUGUACCACCGAUACAGAUGUAUGGACACACGGAGGACAACAAAUAACGUUACAGAGGGCAUAAUGUUCAAGUGCAGCGCCGAUUGUUGCGAUCGGCCAUCGGACUCCAUGUCGCAGGUACACCAGUGCAUCGAACGCUGCCACGCACCUUUGGCACAGGCACAGAGUUUGGUUACCACAGAGCUGGAGAGGUUUCAGGACCGCCUGGCCCGCUGCACCAUGCACUGCAACGACAAGGCCAAGGACCUGUUCGACUCGGGGGCCAAGGAGCUGGCCGUGCGCGGCCUGAUGGAGAGGUGCGUGGGCGCCUGCGUGGACGAGCACGUCAACCUGCUGCCCAGCAUGACCCGCAAGCUGAAGGACAGCCUGGGCGGGAUCCCGCAGUGAGGGGCUGGGGGGCGUCGGCUUUCGGACACUCGGGACGGGCAGAGGCGCAGGCCCACACCCUCAGCCCUCGACCAAAGACCAGCGGGCAGAACGAGGAGAAAGCCUGUGGAGAUUUAUAAAGAAGUAUCGGCGGUACAGGCACACAGUAGGAUAGACAGUGGAGCCGACGCGGGAUAAAGCUGGGGGCAACAGUGGGCUCUGAAUAGGCUGGUUGGUUUUGCGUUUAGUUGUUUUUCUCAACAGACAUAUGCCAUUGGACUGUCUCAAGCAACUCUUCUCAACAAGAACCAGCGCACAUUCAGCAGAGAUAAAGGUGGUAGCAUAAACGGGUAUACAUACUACACACAUGCAGAAAACCUUAUGCCGACAAAAGAACGAUAAUAAUCAUCAUCCAUUUAGUUGUAUAGUAAAGUUGAAACAAGCUGUGACAUGGCAUCACAACUGUGACAAGUCUGCUGCCUGUGGUAAUGAGCUUGGAAGGUCAGUGAUCAGACAUGGUCCUUAUGCAUAUAAAUGAAUGGGUUAUACUUAGCAAUGGACUUAAGUCUCUAGAAAUGUUUUUGACCUUAAUUCUGCACAUUUCUGUGUAGUUUACAUUGGCUGAUACAGCCCCUUUAGAGAGGCAGUGGUGAUAUCUCAUAUUAUUAAGGCCUUUGUGUAGCCCAUGCAUUUCUAUUUUAGAGUGCUUUGUGCUGACUUUUAUGUGUAACAGCAUAGACCAGAUAAACACUGAAGUGCCCCUUGCAGCAUGUUGAGUUUUAAUUCAGCCUGACUGGAUCUCCUCAACAAGACGUCCUCACUGUGAUGCUGUUAAAAUGUACUGUACCAUGUUGUUGUUUUUAUAACAAAUUAAAGAUGCAAAUAACAAAG